AUUUUUUCAGAUGAGGAUCGAAAUCUCAUGAUCUGUUGAUGAAUGAUGAGGUGAUAAAGUAUUUUAUGACAGGAUUUGUUUCUCACUAAACCGCUACAGAUGGUGUUGAGAUGACAGAGUAAAUAUGUAUGGGAAACACGACACAUUCAUCGCUGUUGGUGUAUUAAUCAUCUCUCUAUUACCAUGUUGUCUGUCUGUACAGAAAGCCGUCACAAUAGAGGACCCUUGUACAGAUGGUCAGACAUACACUCUGGGUCGUGAUGGCUUGAUCGUCAUUAAGGCCAUUGGGAACAAGUUUUUUACUGGUUCCUGUUUGGUGACUCUUCGAGCAGAAGACCCUCUUUAUCAAUGCUCCAAGCUGUGUUUCUCUGUUGACGCCUUCAAGCUUCAAACCUGUGGUCUACGUCUUGCCUUUUAUGAUACCGGUGUGUGGAAUUAUGGGUCAGCUCCGCCUGCCUGGGUUGGAGGCUGUCAAAAUCAGAACAUUCAGAAUAAGAAAUGGUGCAGUAGCGGGAGCACGGCUACGGUUAGACUGGAGAAUCUACGUGGGUUUCCAGUCAGUAUGGUACAGAAGUACUCGUUCUAUAUGACAGCGGUGUCUAUUUGUUCAGAGGAUGCUAGAAUACCACAGGAACAGAUUGCAGAGUCUGCGUUUGGUGGCAGUAUGAGUGUUACUGUCAUUAUCAUCAUUGCUGUCCUGGGCUGUGUCACCAUAUGUACCUGUGUCAUUGUUAUAUUUCUGGUGUGGUACGUCAAACGCCGCACAGCCAUGGAACGGGGGCGGGCCCAUGAUUACACACUUCACAUACCACGAUCAGCAUCAGAGAACUAUCACCCAGUACAAGCCACAGACAAUGGUUGUCAUAGUGACCAAGAAACAUUUGAUUUAAUGAAGGAGUCAGUGCAAAGUGACAGAAUCUGGCAGGAACCCAGUGCCCCUCCCCAGGAGGGUGAAGGAGAGGGUCCCCAGGACCAGAGACCCCCCAGUUACUGCAGCACUCCUCCAGAAUACAGACCUUUUGUCCCAAAUAAUGAACAGGCAUCCUCAAAUGAAGAAAAGGUUUGAGGUCAGAGGUCAUGACCUCAUCUACAUUUCAUUCUUACUGCAUUAGAAUUGUAUAUUUACAAAUGUUUUCUGUGAAGUAUGAUUCUUGAAUUUUAGAAGUGAAUGCUAUUAAGAAAUAUUCAUAAAAAAGCAGUUGUAGUUCAUUUCUAGUUGGAAAACAACAAGCAUUAUCAGGAUAUGAAUUCUAUGAAGUUGUUUGUAUUCCCUUAAUGAGUCAUAAAAGCUUUUGUUUGUCAAUUAAACUGUGCUAAAAGCUACAGUAUAAUAAAUCUUUAUGAGAUUAAGUGAAAAUUGUAUUUUCUUAUAUGUAUAAUUUUCAUUGUUGAGGAUGUAUUCUUAUUUCAUGUUGUUGUUGUACAUACAUGUAGAUUUGUAAGAAUGAUACGCAAGAAAAGUGUUCCACAAUUAAUUCGCAAUGUAUGUACUACACAAUUGUGAAAUGUCUUAUUGUUCAUAUAAAAUGUUUUAAGAUUGAUUCACUAAUAGAGCUUUGUUAUGAUACAAGGCUUCUAUCAAUGUUCCGUGUUAAAAUCAAUUUUCCAGGUAGUUUCUUAUUUAGCCUUAUAUGCGUGUGCUUAAAAGUUAUUGAUGAUCAAAGAAAUUGAAGUCUUGUUCAUUUUAAUUGUGCCAUAUGUGAGGCAUUGAUAAUGUAGUUUACUUGCAUGUUGUACAAUGUAUGUGUGCUAAUUUUUUACAGGGCAUUUUUCCCCAUUUUUUUU